GCGCCGCCAUCAUGGCGGCCUGAGGCGCGGCGGGUUCGGCGCCGGGAGCGGCGGGACGGGAGGCCAGGAGCAGAGAGAUUGAAAACCUAGAAUGGCAGGAGAACAGAAGCCGUCCUGCAAUCUUCUAGAGCAGUUCAUUUUACUAGCCAAAGGAACAAGUGGCUCAGCUCUGACUGCUCUUAUAAAUCAAGUGCUGGAAGCUCCUGGGGUUUAUGUCUUCGGAGAGCUGUUGGAGUUAACAAAUGUGAAAGAGCUUGCUGAGGGGUCUAAUGCUGCUUAUUUCCAGCUGCUGAACCUGUUUGCAUAUGGAACGUACCGGGACUAUGUAGCAAACAAAGAUAACCUGCCUGAAUUAACAGUGACUCAGAAAAACAAGCUGAAACACUUGACGAUCGUAAGCCUGGCUUCCCGAAUGAAGUGCAUUCCCUAUUCUGUGUUGCUGAAGGACCUGGAUAUGAGGAAUCUGAGGGAGCUGGAAGAUCUCAUUAUUGAAGCAGUUUACACAGACAUUAUCCAAGGGAAGCUGGAUCAACGAAACCAGGUGUUAGAAGUGGAUUUUUGUAUCGGCAGAGACAUUCAGAGGAAGGACAUCAGUAACAUUGUCAAAACACUCCAGGAAUGGUGUGAUGGCUGUGAAGCAGUUCUUUUAGGAAUUGAGCAGCAAGUACUUAGAGCCAACCAGUACAAAGAGAACCACCACCGAACUCAGCAGCAGGUAGAGAUGGAGAGUUUUUAGGAAUAUGUCACUGUUUCACUCUGCUCCAUGGCGAAGGUCUGUGUCUCAGGGACUGUUGACAUUUUGCUGAUAGUUCCUCAAGUUUGGCCCUCCCACAGAGCUCUCAGAGGUAAGUGAUUGUACUCUGUAAAGAGAGUGUGUGUUUACCCCCUAGCCUGGCCUGCCCCUGCCUCUCGCCAUCCCCAUGGUGCUACUCCCCUCUCCGAUUGCUCAGCCAGGCAAAGGAAUGGGCAGAGCAGCACUUUGCUCCCUGGCUAUGAAUCCACAGGCAUGGAUGCUUCUUUGUGCAGUGUCUACAUCUCAUGUCAUGCCCCACUGCAAAUUGCCUGAGUGUGGUAGCUGUGACCACAGUUCUUUCUUGUUGAUGAGAAAAGAUGUCCCUGCUCUAGUGAACAUGCAUACAUCCAUACUGGAAAUUCCAGGCAGUAAUGGGAUGCCAUAAGGUCAUUUAACAGUCCUGAAAUACAUAUUUCCCCACAGAGCACAAAAGAAUUUGUGCCAGUAGUCUUUGCUUGCUGUAAUUCUAGUAGAAGAUGGGACACACUUGCACAUCUCCAGAUCUCCAAAGAGCCUUUGGAAGAAACCUGUAUCAUUAGGGUGUUUUUUGAAAUGCCCUAAUCACACAUGAUACCUGUGUUUCUAGAAGAGCUGAUUGUGGUGGGUAAGCAAAGCCUGGCUCCAUCAAGGACAAGCCUCUUUGUGAGUAUUUGGAGCUUGUCUGACCAUAGGCUGUAUUUUCAUGGACAUGAAGUUUGGAAGUAGUGCUCUCUCACCUUCGAGACUCUUCCCAGAGAUGCUGUUUAUCUCACCAGCCCUCAUGUUUCACUCACUGUCUCAUGAUUAGCACAGUCCUAAGGCUGCUCUGUGCUGAUGCAGUAAGUAACAUCUUGGUGUUUCAUUGUCACCUUCGCAGCUGUUAGAGGGCACCAGUUCCUUCAGGAUCACCUGCCAGCUGUGAUGCUGUACCUUUUACAUCACGACUCUGAGAUGACACCUCUCCUUGCUGGCAGACGAGCCAGGUGGGUAGGCAUUGCUCCUCAGAGCUCUUCUGCAUCUCAGGAGGCGCAGGCUGUAGCCUGGUGUAGCAUGAAGGAAGUCAAGGACAAGGACGGUGUUGUAAAUAAGGGGCAGAGCACAGAGCCAGCUCUGCUGCAGCUGCGGAGGGCAACCUUGGGCAGAUCAGUUCCUCUGCAGUUGCAUUUCCCAGGACAGCCUCACUCCUGCCUGCUGACUAUGACAAGGUUUUGGUCUCCUGGUUGGGCAGAGGUUGUUUGCUGAUGGAGUUGAAGAGGAUGAGCGUGUGCAAUAGGGGGGAAAUCUUACACCUUUUAAGCUUUUCCAGAAAUCAUCUUCCUUUUAAGUAGCAUACCCUUCUUUUCCCCUGAUGCAGAUAAGGUGGUCCAUUGUGAGACUAUCAGCCUGGAGUAUUAUGGGUAAUAUACCAGGUUAAUUAUGGAGGGGGCAGGAAACAUAGCCUGUGCAGUUUUCAACAAUAUCAAAGGGAUGCUACCUAAUGAUUUUCCUAUUAGCUCUUUUCCCAUCCUGCCAGAGUUGCUGCAGAAGUGUCAUUUACAAAGGCAGCUUGCAACUCAUUACCCUGGAUUUUCACUGUAGUUCUGCUCCAGAGAGCGUGGGCUUUUGCUGCAUGCCCCAACCUAAUGAAUUGCCUGAUUUGGUUAGUGCUGCCGUCCCUUCUGACAAGGUUAGUUGCUGACUGACAGGAAGGGGCCUGAAUUCAAUUCCCUUCUUGUUUUUAACUCACGCUUGUGUCAGGUGCAGGCUCCCUCUGGAAGUUGCCCUGUGAUCCCUUCUCUUUGUUUUUCUGCGUUCUGAGGGAAGCAGCCCAAGCUUGGAGAAGUCCUGGAGCAAGUGGCAGGGGCGUGUGUGUUGCUGCCCCUGGCAGUCCCUGCUCCAUGCCUCAAGUCCUUUUCCAGAUGGAAAAUUCCUUUGCUCUCUUGCUCUGGGACUCUGGGCUUCUCUUUUUCUUCAUAGCUUUGGGAUUUGCUGUCACCUGAGCUGGGCUUUGUAACCCUUCAGCAAUAAGUACCUGGAAAAAGGUGCAUGAAUGGUACCAGGGAAAAACAUGCAAUAUGGGCUGGGGCAACAGAACUGGUUUCCCACACAUGAGAAAACAACGUGUCCCCACUGUGAGUGCUCAAAGGUUUGCUCCAGCCUGUUUGGGCUUUGCCAGGUACUCGUACUACAGCACUGGAGGAAGCUCUUUGUCCUUUUUCACUAGAGAGCUGUGUGCUUUUUCAGGCUGGGAGCCUAUGGCUCAAUUCCUGCUAGGAAUUGCUCCUGGAGAGGAGAAAUCACGGCUGUUCCUACGUCAUGUCACAAGUGUUCCCAUUUGGAAGCUGAAAUGGCUACUGCUCAUUCAGCUAGUGGUGAACAGAAAAUAUGUAGGUCCCUUGAGUGCUAAUUUGACCUGAGUACGGACAGGUAACUCUGGGACUCCUGCUUCCCUCACUUCCAGGUGUGUGAACACAUCUCUGCUAAAGGCCAUUGUCUGAGACUGUGGUUGGGAUAUCAUGUACCACCUCCUGAGGCUGCACUUCUCAUCCAGAACAACUGUUGUUUACUUAGGCUGUCUGGGCUGGGAUGUUUUCCAGCGCUGGCCAUGGAUCCCUUCAUGGGAUGUUGUGAGGAUCUGACCUAGCUGGCCCACAGGGGAGGCAGUGAUGAGAGAUGAAUUUGUUUUUGCUGCACAAGAUACUUCCUUGCCUCUUAAUUAGAUUCCUGUGGCCCCUCUUUCUUGCUGCCCUUGUUCUCUACUGAGCCCCUGUCAGGGAGACCCAGCUGUGGUCAUUUCAGGUGAGUGCUGUGUUCUAAUGAGCCACUUCUGAUUCCCAUUCUUGCUUGUCCAGUGAAGCAGGAAAAUGCACAUCAGGGCUCUGAGAACCGACCUCUGCUACCAGGGCCACUCUCUGCCUGUCAGACCACUGAUCUGGCUGUGCCAUGGAGGUGCUGAGGUUGAGUGAAUCUGAGCUUUCCCAAGUGUUCUUUCACCCCUAGUGCUGCCUUCCCUCUUGCACAUCAGCUCCACCAUGCAUGGGCAUGUCGUGCUGGUGUGAAUCCAUAUCCUGAGGGACAGGGUGGCUUAUCCCUGGUCAGACCAGAAGCAGCAAAGCUAGGAACCAAGCUGUUAUCCUCUCCCUCUGUACCAGGAGCUCUAGCUCUGAUUGCACUUGUCUGCCAAAGCUAAUGGCUUUUUGCCAUACAGCUUUGCCCUUUCCUUGGACUUGCUCUUUCCCAGGAAGCCCAGUGGAUAGAAGGGACCCAUGCUAUGGGCUGUGCUUUUUCUCUUGGACAAUGCUGCUGUGGAGAAACAGAAAUCCAGACUGUACAUGACCCCAGGCUGUGUUCUUCUAUCUCCCAACCUUAUCUCAGGUUCUGCCUCAGGUGGUCAAAUUGUGUGGAUUGAAUUCUUGAGACUGAGUCACUGCCACUGUGUUGAGGUCAACCCCUCUGUCACCAGGCAGGUGCUUUUAUUUCAGCUCUGGCUUGCAGCAAAAAGCCAAAACUGGAAGGGGAAUUGUCCCCACCUUGGUCCCAGCCUGUCACUCUGUGAUGGUCACUACUCUGGCUUCAAGCUCAAGGACCAGGACCCUGAAUGGGAUCUGCAGCACUGCCUUCUUACUCCUCUGUUCAGACCUGGCUAUGCAAAGCCUGCACAGUAAGCGAUUCCUUAUUGUCCUUUAGGUUUCCUGGGUGGACAGUCCCGUCUAAUGGGCAUCUCUUUAGGAGCUCCUGAUAUAGCCCCUUCUUUCUUAUAAAGAUGUGUGGAGCUGGAAGGGCAACCUUCACAGGUGUACUUGCCUUACAGAGCCCUGACAGUAAGUUGUCAUUCCCUAUGAGAGCUGCCACAUGCCCAUCCUGCAUCCCUCCCUGCCAGGGUCUUGAUUUUGUUCUCCAUAGGCAACAUCUAAUGUGGUCCAUCAGCUGCUGCUCCCCAUCCAGCUGGACCCUGUGAGCGCUGCGAGUGGAUCCCUGUCUCUGAUGGAGGCUGUGCUCAUGCAAGGUCAGAAACGUGCCCUACUGAUGAUUGAGCUGUUGGGUUUCUGGAUGAAUCCUCUUGUUCUGUGCACCCAGGGUUCUGUCAGAGCUGGGGUGAGUCUGGCUGGAGGUUUCUAUGGUUUCCUGGUGGUUGCUAAGGAAAAGGAUCGCUUUGCCUCUGGGUCUUGGUGACUUUCUUUUUGCCCUGUCCUAGGCACCGGAGCCCAGCGGAACAUAAUGCUCGUUGUUUCCCAGCCCACUACAAUGGCCAGGGCAUAAUUUGUGACUCCUGUCACGGCUGGGCUGGGUGCCUGCCACUCUCUUUUUUUUCUAAGGCCUCUUUGAAGAAUAAGACCAAAGAGCCUUCAAGCAGGAGUUUGCAUGUUUACUGCACUCCCCGCCCCCUCGCUUGCUGUUUCCUUUAGAGCUCCGAGUCAUUUUAACAAUUUAUUUCAUGCACUUUACAUAGCAAGAAGCUGUAGCAACAGCUGUGUCCAUGAAUCCUUACAAGGCAGCUCUCAGUAUAUUUUGGUCUGUCUACAUAUUGUCCCUGGCUCAGUUAAAUAAAUCUCUGCUGGAGGAAGGGACUUUACAGCUUAGUGGCAAAGGGUUGGUGAAUGGGAAUAUCAACAAGACACUUAGUGGGCCUCUGGAUCCUGGAAUAGCAGUGCCUCCAGCACAAAGCUCUGCUCCCACCAGCGCAGCCGGGGGCCAGAUCCAGCGUGAGCUUUUUGUUGCUGUCAGCAGGGACGGCGUCUCCAUCCGGCACCAGCGAUAGAGCUGUAGUUACGGGCUGAAGCUUGGACUGGAAGCUGUUAAAGCAUGUGUAGGACAGAUGCUGCCCUUGUCACACUGCUGUCGAUCCAGGGCUCGGCUGUUAACAAUGGUGGGCUCAUUUCCACGGGUGCCAUUUGGGAUCUGGGCAUGGAUGUGCUGCCUGAGGCCAUGGAUGUGCUGCCUGAGGCCGUGUGCUCUUGCAAGGAGCUCAGCUGGAGUCUGCAGAGUCUUGCAGCGCCAGGCAGGAUUCAGUCCAUCAAAGCAUCACAGGAUUGGGCACAAGUUUACUUUUGCAUAUGGGAUCAAAGCUUAAAAUAUCAGCUGGCCUUUCUCUCACUUCUGACUUUUCUGAAAACAUCUGAACAAUUUCUUCUUUAGGUCUGUUAAAAUCAAUCAAUCCAACAUUUAAAUUGUAUGUGAAUUUGAUAAAUAAAAACAGGUUACAAAAUGCCA